AUGGCUGCCCGUGCCACUCAUCUCCUUGCUGCUCGGCCAAUUGUGCUGAGCCUCGUCAAAUUCAUAUUCUUUGCAUUCUCGCACCUUCCGCUCGCGACUGCGGCUCCUGUGCUGUCGCCCUACCUCCAUUCCUUGAACCAUGACGUCGAACCUCCAAAAGAUGCCGACGACCCCAGCCUUUGGCUCUACUUGAGCAUUUCUGCAGCACUUGUUCUCAGCGGUGGAGCGUUCGCCGGUUUAACAAUCGCAUUGAUGGGCCAGGAUGAAGUCUAUUUACAAGUGAUCCAAACAUCUGGCGAAGGCUCGGAGAAGAAGAAUGCCGCCAGUGUCUUGAACCUGCUCAAAAAAGGCAAACAUUGGGUGCUCGUCACUCUUCUCCUCAGCAAUGUCAUCACCAACGAGACUCUCCCAAUUGUGUUGGAUCGAACCCUUGGCGGUGGAUGGCCAGCCGUCUUGGGCAGUACAGCGUUGAUUGUCAUUUUUGGUGAGAUCGUCCCUCAAUCGAUCUGUGUCCGAUAUGGUCUACCCAUCGGAGCAUGGAUGGCCCCAUGCGUGUUGGUCCUCAUGUACAUUAUGUCCCCGGUGGCCUGGCCCGUGGCCAAGCUUCUCGACAAACUCCUCGGAGAGGAUCACGGCACAAUAUACAAAAAGGCCGGACUCAAGACACUCGUCACACUGCACAAAACAAUGGGUGAGGCUGGAGAACAGCUCAAUUCCGAUGAGGUCACCAUCAUCUCCGCUGUGCUGGAUUUGAAAGAAAAAUCCGUUGGCACGAUCAUGACGCCCAUGGAAGAUGUGUUUACCAUGUCCGCCGACACCGUCCUCGAUGAGCGCACAAUGGACUUGAUUCUGUCCCAAGGAUAUUCUCGCAUCCCGAUCCAUGCGCCCGAUAACCCCAUGAACUUUGUUGGCAUGCUUCUUGUCAAAAUGCUUAUCACCUACGACCCCGAAGACUGCAAACGUGUGCGUGAAUUCGCACUGGCCACACUCCCCGAGACGCGCCCCGAAACCAGUUGUCUCGACAUUGUCAAUUUUUUCCAAGAAGGCAAAUCUCACAUGGUGCUCGUCUCAGAAUAUCCUGGCGAAGACCGCGGGGCCCUCGGUGUUGUCACCCUUGAAGACGUGAUUGAAGAAUUGAUUGGCGAAGAAAUCAUUGAUGAAUCCGACGUCUUCAUCGACGUUCACAAAGCUAUCCGCCGCAUGGCACCGGCACCCAAGAGCCGAGUACCCAAAGGAAAAAUUGUCGAGGACCCGCCGAUGAUGCCAGUCCAAACAGACGAACAAGCGGACGGGACUGACGGAAACGACGAAAAUUCCAAAUCUUCGCCUGGAGCAGACAAGACAUUAUUAGAGCUUUCACGCCGUCGAAGCUCCGUCGAGGCCCCGCCUCCACGCUUCCACCUUCGCCGACAAGCCCCCGACCAAUCCGCGGAUCCUACUGACAACUGGGUCACACAUCGCGGUGCGACGGAUGAAAUCCGUGAACACUUGAAGCACCUCGGCCCGUCGAAUCUGGCCAGCCGGCCACGUCAGACGCGUUAUUCGUCUGUCAAAAUCAAACGCAGCGGCACGUCGCCCCCUCGUGCCGCCCACACAGAUGCCGAAUCCAACCACAACAUCUCUGAAUCGGAACCUCUUCUCGCAUCUAAUGGCCUUCAAGGAGGCAUUGGGGCUGGCCUUGUGUCUUCUGGCGCCGAUGCCAAAGAUGGCGCUCUUGCUGUGAAAAUGGGAUAUGGUGCCAUUUCCGCCCAGGACCAAGUGACCAAAGCCACAAACGCUCAACAGUACAAGGAUCUUCCUGAAGUUGCUAUACCCGAGGAAGAUUCGGAGGAAGAUGAGAAUGUCGCUCAGGCUCCUAUUUCCCGCAAGUCAACCAGCAAGAACAGCAGCACCUCGAUGAGUAUAAGCUCGGCAGACUCCAAAUCCAACGAUUACGUGAUUCAUCGUGGUCCAACCCGCAGCGGCAGCAUCACCGAACAGAUUGUGGACAUGAAUGGCAUUCGCAAGGUCGUCCUCCAUGCAAAUGGCAAUAGCUCCUCUGAGAGUGAGCCUGGAAGCUCCCCCCAGCCCACCGGCAAUUCCACUCCCAUCCGAAAUGACAAAGCCACAGAGACUUUGAUCCCCGAAGAAUCACAACCUUCAGUACAUGAAAGCCAGCAUAAGAAGCGCCGUCGUAAGAAGAAGCGCGGCAAGAACCACAAAACCGCCGGUGAUGACAAUGCCACCGAAGAUCAACCCCUCUUACAAUGA